AUGGAUGGAUCCUCAAUCGAAAAGGGUGGUCCUAGGGAGCCCUGGCAUGAUAUCCACUGCCAAAUUGAAGGGCCUGCCGCUUGGGAUGUGUUGUACAAUUUUGAGCAAAGGUGGCUAAAGCAAGCUAGAAAGCGAGCCCUUUUCACACCUGAUGAGAUUGAAAAUCUGUUUGGCUUCCCCUCACGGGUCUCAGAUUCUCAAGAUAGUGAAACAUGGAAUGUUCAAAUAUUUAGAUCAAUUGACAUACUUCUUGGGAGCUCGUAUGGAUGGGAGUCUAAGGACAUUAAAGAUGAAGAUAUUGGUGCAUUGCAUAUUAUACCGAAAGAGCUCUCACUAAAGAUUGCUAGUAAGAUCAAAGCAGGGGAGAGGUUUGCUGUGUAUGUGGUGAUUCCAAUGUGGCCCGAAGGGAUACCUGAGAGUGGCUCUGUUCAGGCAAUAUUGGAUUGGCAGAAGAGGACAGUAGAGAUGAUGUACAAAGAUAUAUAUCAUGCUCUUAAAAGAGCAGAAAGGGAAGCAGAGGAGCUAGAUGGAAAUUAUAAACCUCCUAAGAAGCCAGACCCUGAAACUGAUUAUGAUAGAGCCCAAAAAGCUCGGCGCUUCAUGAUUUAUGUCCACUCGAAGAUGAUGAUAGUGGAUGACGAGUACAUAAUUGUGGCUCGGCUAACAUCAAUCAAAGGUCAAUGGAUGGCGCGAGGGAUUCAGAGAUUGCGAUGGGAGGUACCAGCCGAAUCACUUGGCAGCAAACCAAGCAGCAAAAGCAAAAUACACGAUUUCGAAUGCACUUUGGUCCGAGCACCUUGGUUUCUUCAUUACAAAUUCUUCCAUCCCGAGUCCUUGGAAUGCAUUAGGCUACCAUCUACUUCGCUACCUAUUUCAAUCUCUGAUGAUGGCACGGUCACUGCGUUGCCUGGGUUUGAUCACUUCCCUGACACCAAGGCUCCUGUCUUAGGCACCAAAUCUGAGUUUAUUCCCGCAUUGCUUACCACAUAA